UGGAACCAAAAUACAUUUUAUAAGGAUUUAGUUCACUAUGGGACAUUAGAAAUCAUAUUCUCUCGCAGUAAAGAGAACUCAUCUGAACUGAGAGAAGAUGUUUGUGCACAGUCUGGUUCUUCUGUCCAUACUCAUUACCGUGAGGUUCUCUGCUGGAUGUGAUAAUUUUUCCCUUGAUCAAAAGAAACAAAAGAUCCUUGGUCUGCUGGCAAGUUGGGAAGAUUAUGAAUCAUGUAGUGAAAAUGGCUUUUGCUCCCAUAACAACAAAGAGUCCAGUAAAAUGUACAGGAACUGCAGGGAAAUUAAGGAAUUCAACAAUAAUGCUGAAGAUGGAAUCUACACACUGAGAACUGGAGGUGGGAUCUCCUACCAGACAUUCUGUGAUAUGACAGCUGAUGGUGGAGGCUGGACCUUGGUGGCCAGUGUCCAUGAGAACAACAUGUUUGGCAAGUGCACAGUUGGAGACCGAUGGACCAGUCAACAGGGAAACGAUCCCAACUACCCAGCAGGAGAUGGUAACUGGGCAAAUUAUGCCACGUUUGGAUUACCUGGUGGAGCUACCAGUGAUGACUACAAGAAUCCGGGCUAUUAUGAUAUCACUUCCAGUAACUUGGGAUUGUGGCACGUGCCCAACAACACACCAUUUUCCCACUGGAGGAAUAACUCACUUCUAAGGUAUCGGACACAGAAUAACUUCUUUUCUGCUGAAGGUGGAAAUCUCUUCAAUCUCUACCAGAAAUAUCCACUAAAGUUUGGAAUUGGAACUUGUCCAAAAGAUCAUGGACCUGCUGUGCCCAUUGUGUAUGAUUUGGGAAAUCCUGACCUAACCACUAAAUACUACUCUCCAAGUGGUAGACGGGAGUUUACUGCUGGAUUUGUUCACUUCAGAGUGUUUAAUGCAGAAAAAGCAGCGCUUGCUCUCUGUGCAGGAGUCAAGGUGACUGGCUGUAAUACAGAACAUCACUGCAUAGGAGGAGGAGGUUAUUUUGCAGAAGGGAAUCCUAAACAGUGCGGAGAUUUCACAGGCUUUGACUGGGAUGGUUAUGGGACACAUCAAGAUUGGAGCAAUAGCAAAGAAAUUACAGAGGCUGCUGUACUCCUCUUUUACCGCUGAUUUAUCUGCAAGACUGACAUUAAAGGGAACAUUAACUGAAAAAUAAAAGUUCUUUAAUUUGCA